GGGCCUCCGAGAGACUAUUUCCAUUGGUAUUAGCUCUUCCUUCUCUCUCCUUCUUGAUCUUCGUCGGAACCAUUAUUUUGCUCUUGGUCUCCCAGAAUUUCCAGCGUCUGGAAAAGCGGAAGAUUGCGAAGGAAUCGGGCACAAGCAAGCCACUCGUUCCAGGUGAGAAGAAUGGAAUCAAAGCGGAAUCUUGAUAAUUUUGUAGUUGGAACGGUGUCAUCUGUCAUGUAUGUUCCAGACUUCAUCAAUGAUGGAGAAGAAACACAGCUGCUAGAUAAAGUAUACAACUCUCCAGUAUCAAAGUGGAAGUCUUUGAAGAACAGGAGGCUGCAGAAUUGGGGCGGCAUUGUCCAUGAAAAGGGUCUUCUUCCCCAAGAACUGCCUCCGUGGUUGAAGAAGGUUACUGAAAAAGUAUCUGAAGAAUCAGGGCUGUUUCUUUCAGCAAUUAAUCAUGUCCUCAUCAAUGAAUACCAUCCCGACCAAGGCAUAAUGCCACACCAAGAUGGGCCUGCUUAUUAUCCAGUUGUAGCAAUUCUGUCUCUUGGAUCAGCUGCGAUAAUGGACUUUGUUCCUCAUCCUAGUUUAAGGUCUUCCCCUGAUACAUCUGGCGGCGAUCGUAAGGAUAGUGAGCUUAAUGGGGCUUCUGACUUGGGGACCGACAAAUGGUUGAAUAACCAUCAUCCCUUUUCUGUUGUGUUGAUGCCUCGCAGUUUAUUGAUAUUUAAGGAUGACGCUUAUUCCAGUUAUCUACAUGGCAUAAGAGAUAGUUCGAUUCAUCAGUAUGAUAGGGCUGUGAAUGAAGCCGGAGCUGUGGGGCCUCAGCCGCGGUUGGUUUCAGAAGAAGGAGAUGAGGCUGUAACAAGCGGGGAUCGCAAAUGUAUUCAUAGGACUGGCACUAGAAUAUCAUUGACAUGUCGACUAGUAUUGAAAGUUCACCAUAAGCUGUUCAAGUUUUAGAUGUCCUCGCUCC